AGCAGUGUAUUCAACGCACAGUCACACUGACACACAACUCACAUAAAAUAGCUUUAAAUUUAUUUUUAUCUGUUUAUAAUGGACUUUAUACACGAAUCUGUGGCACUUGGUGUGGACUUACUCAUAUUGGGGCUCUGUGUGCGGGAAUAUGUGCACUACAAGAACACGGCAAGGGUGUUGCGGGAGGCGCCACAAUUUAAUAUUGAUAAGGAGCUAAAGUCGAUUGUGGGACGACAACAGGACAAGAAAAUCCCAUAUGCGGUCAUACGCGGCACAGUGACUCCCAUUGGUAUUCCGCUGCGCAGCUCGUUUGUGCCCAGUGUAAGCGGCGUGCUGCAAAUCGUGAAAUUGCACGAACAUCGUGUAAUGCGCGCCUUUGCCGGAUUCUGGGCGGAGCAGCGGAAACUAAUUCACGAGAGCGCCAAUGAGAUGCCGUUUGAAUUGCGCAACGGAGAGCGCGGUGUGGAGAUUGUGGAUGCUAUGAGUGCGGCCGUCUUGGAUGUGGAUGUUGUGUAUGAUAACUACGAGUCCACAACUUUGUCCUUCUUCGAUCAUAUCUUUGGCUUCUUCACGGGCGUCCGACAAAAGGGACUGCAGACCACGGAGCAGGUUCUGAGGGAUGGCAGCUUUCUCACGGCCAUCGGGGAACUGGAAAUGGACGGACAGACGCUGCGCAUGCAGCCUUCCAAGCAGGGACCUCUCUUUCUAACCACCGCCACCAAAUCCACGCUGAUCAAACGCUUCGAGGAUGCCAAAUCAUCAAUGCUCUUCAAGAUAGUGCUCUGCAGCAGCAUAUCUAUGGUAUUAGUGGGUCUAAUAGUGCGCAAGGUUUACCGACGCAAGAAACAGGAACGUGAGGAGGCAAAGAUACGAAAUCGGCUGGAAUCGGAGCGCAGGGAGCGUCGUGCCAGAAGCAGACCACAUACCCUGUCACAGGAUCAACUCUGCGUGGUCUGCUCCACCAAUCCCAAAGAGAUAAUAUUGCUGCCCUGUGGACACGUUUGUCUCUGCGAGGAUUGCGCCCAGAAAAUUGAGUUUACCUGUCCCGUUUGUCGCUGCAAUAUCGAAUCAAAGGCAGCAGCAUUUAUCGCCUAAUUGUGAACCAUAAACUUAAACCCAAUCAAGCCAAAGUCAAGUCAGAUCAGCUGUACCUGUAACUCUCCUUCUCUGUCUGUCUCAUUAGUGUUUAUUGCUCGACAGUUGUACAAUUCAUAAAAUUCGUUUAACGUGUUCAUUAGGGGUGUACAUAUUUUUGUAAAUAUCCGUAUCGAUAGUAUUUCGAUAUGAAACA